CCCAUCUCAGCCCGACGACCGAGAGGCUCUCAGCUGAUAAGUGUAAAUACCGAGUGCGUUCCUUAUCAGGGCGGAAGUGCGUUCGACUCGGUGGACAAGGAACGAGAAUGUUUAUGCCCUUCAUUGGAUUAAGAUAAGAAUUAACCAGGAAUUGGUACGUGAAUAGUCAACACCGCUUUAGUGAAGUUUUAGGAAUAACUUGAGUAAGAAUAAGAAUUUGGGAUUAAAAAUAGCCCGAAACCAUAGACAUAAACGGUACUGACCAGAAACACAAUGAAGUAAUCCAGUGCGACAGACGGACUUGUGUGCAAUUGACACAACACAUUAAAUUCAUUGCGCUCGGUAGCUCGGUGAGUAUAAGGAUAUGGUAAAGCAAGCAGGAAGGAGAGAACAGUACCGGUACUACGAUAGCAUACACCGGGAAAUGGCCAGUUGUAGUGAUGGCUUGACUACACAUGAAGCUCUUGUCCGCUUACAUGAAGAUAUAUCAUCAGCGCUCGAGGAGUACCAAAAGUCUGAGGCGGAAAAGAAUAAAGGCUUUGGACAAAAGAGUGUUAACUAUGAAGCCUUUCAUCGCAAGAGCUACCUGUCAGUCUUCAGAUGGACCUCAGCGCUGGCACUCAUUGUAGAAGGCAUUGUGCUCCUGGUGGCUUAUGCAGCACGCAGUGACCCGAAAUAUCAGUACCUUCCUGCAGAAUCUUUCUUCAUUUUUGCUGCAGUGAUUCUCAAUGUUUACCUGGUGUGGUGGGACACUCGUCUCAGACAUAAGGAGCUCCCACACCAGACUCAGAAUAUAUUAAGGGAUCUAAAAGAAUACCAGUCAACUGUCCUUUGGUCAGCAGAGAACUAUCCACAUCUACAUGCUCCUUUAUCCCCUUGCAUUACCCUUCAGUGGACACUGAGAGAUGGAAAUACUGUUAAUCUCCCUUGGUCAUUGCUGGUGCAAGGAGAUGUUAUUCUUCUCAAACCUGGACAAAAGGUUCCUGCUAAAUGUAAACCUUUGCAGGAGAGCGGUACAGGGAGUAGUGGGGAACUUCACUUAGGGGAUAUAUACUCCCCAAGUCUAGAGGGUAUUGGAGAAGGAUUCAGCUCUCCGAAGGCACGGACACCUCUCAAACCACAACCUCAUUUAGUGUUGGAAACCCCAUAUAUCACAAAUUUAAGGAUUGUGCUGGCAGAAGCUCUUAAUCGACCAAUAACAGUUUUUAAUAAACAGAGGUUUUUAAUCUUCAGUUGGGCUAUGGAGACCGUCAUUUUACCUGUAGUUGUGAUUCUGAUGUUGAUAAUCAACAUCUUGAGAGUAUACUAUGGAGACUGGGUUGGCCACUGGUCUGAGGUGCUCCUAAUAGGGCCUGUAUGUGUAGCUCUCCCCUUGAUUCCCCUUGGCCUGCCUCUGGUUUGGUUAACGCUGAAUUGGUUAGGCAUUGCCCGGAUUCUCACUAUGUAUCACCAUGCAAAGCAUAUGCAGAGUGAUCCAGUGGAAGAUCCAUUUGAAGAUGCAGAGCUUGAAGCUUUGCAUUUAUCAGAAAUAUCAGUGAAGUGGGUGGAACUGAGAAGACACUUUAUACUAACAGCCCUUGGUAAAGAACCUACUCCAAUUCGUACUGCCAAUGUGCUUCAUGUUUUGGCAUCUGUUACCAACCUCUGCUGUGUGGACAAGAAGGGAGUGUUGUCUUGGCCAAACCCAACAGCAGAAAAAGUCUUUUUUCUUAAAAACAGGGCACACAAUAAUUUAGCAUCAAGUGUACCAUCCCUCUAUGGAGAUGAUGACCUUUUCCAAGAUGCCAAGAGGGAAAAAGUAAUAUCACCACAACUAACAAAAGAAUCAGAAUCAGUGCUAAUGUCACUGACUCAUGACCACCAGACAGCUUUUGGGCUUCAGUUUGAUGACCCUACGUGGCGGAGGUAUCUUCUGUCCCUCAAGCCACUCGGACUGAACAUCUUGCUCAACACAUGCAACCCAGCCACUCAGGACCACUACACUAGAUUUUGCUCUCACAUUACAUGUGAGGCCAUGUAUAAUGAGGACUUGGUACCAGUGUCACAAAGAAGCAGCAAUGUAGAUUAUGCGUGUGAGCAUCGUCACGUGCAUAUGGACAUUCCUGUAUGCAGUCGCGGAUGCCUGUGUGAAUUGGCAAAGCAGAUAGGCUUUAGUGAACAAGCUCAGGAGCCAUUUGAACUGGAGCAUCAGUUAUCAACAUUUAGACACGUGCCUCCAGACAUGGCAUGCAAAGAUCGUCUCGCAAAGUCCCUCAUGAUCACCAAAUUGAAGUUCCCUUUUCCUCACAUGGUCUCCGUCUUGAUGAGGGACAGAGCUUCACGUAAGCUAGAACUCAUGUCGCAGGUACAAAUGAUUGAACAGUUAGAUCUCUCCUGUAUCCGCUUUGUCCACUUCAGCAAGGAAAACGAACUGCGGUCUCGUGUCUUCUCGGAAAAGAUGGGACUCGAAAGUGGCUGGAAUUGUCACAUUUCCUUGCUAUCAGAUCGGACGAGGACAGAGAGUGGGAAUUCAAGUCGCACAGGGCAAGCAGCUUCCGUCAAGACCUCUGGGUUGACGUUGUACAGACAGUCAACUGAGGAUGUAAACAGCCCAGAUCUCUCCAAAACGCGAUUCCGCUCAUCAUUAAAGGGGUUCCAACGUAGUAAGAGUCUGCGGAGGAAAGGGCUAGGUGUAAGAAGUUCCCUUGAGGUGUCUCGAGCACUUAGUCACUCAGCACCAUCAGCCAUAAACCUGGAUGUUGCACAAGUUAAGUUUGACGAAGAGGUCUCAGUAUGUUCUAAUUCAUCCCAGUCACAAACGUCGUACCUGGAAGAAGUCGAGGAACACAGGCUAGAGGGCUUUGCAUAUGACUGCAAUGCCGGAACCAGUGAAGAAUGCAUAAUGUUGAAUGAGGAGGACCAAAUGUAUGACCACGUGGACCCUGUCUGUGAGCAGCACUCACACCUUUCUGGCCAGUCACGUUCUCGGUCACCGUCAAGAGUCACAGACAGCACUGAACAUUCAACCUCGUUUAAUUUUGACAUGUCAAAUAGGGCUCGACUCCCAAAAGGAAUUGAAAACAUUAAGCCACAUCUGGAAAAUGUGGAUAAUGUUCCCUUGUUAGUGUCGCUCUUCACUGACUGCACACCUCCAGCCACUCGGGCAAUGUUGUCCAUAAUGCAGGAAUACACAGAGGUGGUCAUGGUGAUGGGGUCAUCUGCGAAUGCUGAUAAUAUACGGCUUUUUAUGCAGGCUGAUGCAAGCUUGUCAGUGGAUCCACUGUAUCCACAAGUUUGCAUGCGAGAGCCAGUAUUUGUGCGACCUCCUCCAUCCAAAGGACCUUCGCCUACGGAUAUUGCACGCAUUCUCAACUCCCUUCCCUGCUCCCUCUCCUUUCACCGAGAUGAUAAAGUGUCGCUUGUCCAUCUUAUCAUGGAGUCACGGCAUUACAUGCAACAGGUAGUGAGCUGUCUGCAGUUUUGGUCUUGUUGUUGUGUUUCAUUAACUAUCCUGCAACUUUUAGCUGCCACAGCUGCUCUUCCUCCACUACUUUCAUCAGGUGAUGUUGUGUGGCUAGUGUGUGUUGUGAUUCCCAUCUUGUCAGUUUCCUUGGUAGCAGCUCCAACAAAUCCAGCUGUCAUGAAUCAGGCCACAGGGAAAAAUUCUGUAGUGCUUAAUAAACAGAUGAUCCGUUACGUGUUCUUAUAUUACAUCUGCAAGUUUGUUCCGUCUGUGGCUGUAAUAUUGCUGUGUGGUGGAUUAACACUUGCAAGUUUCUGCAGAAAUAUAGCAAGCCAUCACAAUUCUUCCUGCACUUACAUAUAUCCAGAUGAAGUUCCUAGAAUUUAUAAUAACAGUACAAAACUAGAGGAGCAGAGCUCAUGGAAGGGAUGGGGUGAUCAGUACUUAGAUUCCCUAAAUGCAGUACAGAAUGGUGUAGCUUUUCUCAUUGUUCUUUACUUUUGUAUGAUUUCCGUUUCAUUUGUGCAUCGCAUGUACCAGUUAUGGAGGAAAAAUCCUCUGAAAAAUAGGUGGUGGGCUUCCAGUGUCUUUGUAGUACUAGUGCUGCAGGUGGUGUAUGGAAGCAUCUCCGCAUCACUGUGUUCAUCCUCAGAGCCAAGUGGUCCUGGGUUAGCAGAUAUUCCACCAUGGUUGUGGCUCAUAGCAUUUGUGUGGCCACUUCUUGUAAUUCCUCUCAAUGAAGUCAUUAAAAGAAGAGAAAUCAGAGUCAAUGUUCGAUAUCAGAAGAGAGCAAGACUGGAAUUUGGUACAAAGCUAGGGAUGAAUUCUCCAUUCUAAUACUGCAGCUGUGUAGAAAAUGUAUCUAGAUAUUAACAGGGAUAAUUUAAGAAUUUUCUUAUAUGAAAUGGAUGUGUCAUAUAUUUUGAUAGAUUGCCCAAAGCAAUACAUUUAUAUAGGACUUUGCACCUGAAAAUAAUUUUAUAGUAAGAAAGGAUAUGAAAGAUGUAAUGGUUAUCAUGUAGUUAUGAAUAUAGAUUGUUGUAUGAUUACUGAGGAUUUUCAGCAUGAAAAUAAAAUAUUAUUCUGGAAGUUUAUAUGACAAUAUGUACAUGUACAUUUACACACACACACACACACACACACACACACACACACACACACACACACACACACACACACACACACAC